AUGGCGGUCACAGUAAGUCGGGCAACAUCCGCUGAUGCACCCACCUUAAUGGGCAUGAUAAGAGAAUUGGCAGAGUUCGAGAAGAUGCCGACAGCAGUCAAGGUGAGGGUUGUUGAUAAAUUAGAUAUCGACGAAUCUCGCCUAGCCACCGAUCUUGACAAUAAUGCGGUAGGCGGGUUUAUCUUGCGAGAAGAUGAUGAACCAGCUGCAAUGCUGCUUUUCUACUUUGCUUACUCAACAUGGGAAGGGCAAUUUAUCCAUAUGGAAGAUUUGUAUGUGAGACCAGCAUUUCGUCGAAAAGGCUAUGGACAAAUGUUGUGGCGAGAACUUGGCAUAUUAGCGAAGGAAUUAGGUGUCUUGAGGUUAGUGUUAUACUUUGCUCUCAUCUUAUGUUAUAAAGGAUCCAUUCAAGAAUUUUCAAUUUUUAUUUCAAGCAAGUAG